AUGUGUAUUUCAUUUUUGAGAAAUGACAAGAAAGACUUUUCAUUCUUCUCUGGUAUGGAGGAUAUCCGUGGCAAAGACCAUGCAGUUACUCCAACGUGUUUCGUAUCUAGUGGUUUUACAUCUACAGGUAAAACUUCUGAAGAAAUCCAACCCAUUUCUAAGAGAAAAAAAAUUCACACUGACAGAAUGGCAAUGUUUAGAUCCCUACUUAGAACAAUGAAAAAGUUCAUAACUAUAUAA